AUGAUGCCCCCCGAGCAAGAAGCCACUAUUGCACCAAACAUUCCAGCCAGCACAAACCGAACCGAGAACAGUUCGGUCCACGUCGAACCAGAGGGUUCUACAACCAACAAAGUUAAACCCAGUUCCGAUCAUGAUGAUGAUAAUGGCAUUCCUGCACAACCUCAACCUCAACCAACAUCGUCACCAGCAAAGUUUUCCAUUAUUCACCAAUCCUUGCGUCCUGUUACCCUCAAAUUUGAAGAUGUUUCUUACAACAUAACCUUCCCAAGCAAAAAUAACGGUUGUGUUUUACCUAAAGAGCCAAAGCUAAGGAGGAAAAUAAUCACCGGCGUGAGUGGCAUAGCGGGUCCCGGCGAGUUAACGGCAAUGCUGGGUCCCUCAGGGAGCGGCAAGACGACCCUGCUCACCGCCCUGGCGGGGAGGCUCGCCGGAAAAGUCUCCGGAAGCAUAACAUACAAUGGCCACACUGACUCCAGUUUCAUGAAACGCAAGAUAGGGUUUGUGUCACAAGAUGAUGUUCUAUACCCUCACCUCACAGUGCUUGAAACACUCACCUAUGCUGCUUUGUUGAGGCUUCCAAAGACUCUCACCAAAGAAGAGAAAGUGGAGCAUGCUGAGAGGAUCAUCACGGAGCUUGGCCUCACACGGUGUCGUAACACCCCUGUUGGUGGCUGCAUGGCCUUGUUCCGUGGCAUUUCGGGUGGGGAACGAAAACGGGUCAGUAUCGGGCAGGAGAUGUUGGUUAACCCGAGUUUGUUGUUGUUGGAUGAACCGACUUCCGGCCUCGACUCCACGACGGCUCAGCUCAUCGUGUCGGUGCUCCGGGGUCUCGCCCGGGGUGGCCGGACGGUGGUGACCACCAUUCAUCAGCCAUCAAGCCGGUUGUACAGGAUGUUUGAUAAGGUGGUGGUGUUGUCUGAUGGGUACCCGAUAUACAGUGGGCAUUCGGGUCGGGUCAUGGAUUAUCUUGAAUCCAUUGGGUAUGUGCCAGCUUUCAACUUCAUGAACCCGGCAGAUUUUCUGCUUGACCUUGCUAAUGGCAUAGUUGCUGAUGUCAAACAUGAUGAUCAGAUAGACCACCAUGAGGAUCAAGCUUCAGUCAAACAGUCCCUAAUUUCAUCCUAUAAGAAGAACUUAUAUCCUGCUCUUAAAGAAGUGAUUCAGCAACACAACAGUGACCCAGGGGUUUUAACAUCAGGAACACCAAGACGUUCAGAUAACCAAUGGAACACUAGCUGGUGGGAGCAAUUCAAGGUGCUGCUUAAGAGGGGUUUACAAGAGAGGAGGCAUGAAUCCUUUUCUGCGUUAAGGAUUUUCCAAGUCUUGUCUGUAUCCAUUCUGUCAGGACUUCUUUGGUGGCACUCUGAUCCUUCACACAUACAAGAUCAGGUAGGACUACUUUUCUUCUUCUCCAUCUUCUGGGGGUUCUUCCCUCUCUUUAAUGCCAUCUUUGCAUUUCCUCUGGAGAGACCAAUGCUGAUAAAAGAAAGAUCAUCAGGCAUGUACCAUCUCUCCUCCUACUAUGUUGCCAGGAUGGUUGGGGACCUACCAAUGGAGCUUGUGCUUCCUACUAUCUUUGUAACUAUCACCUAUUGGAUGGGUGGUCUCAAGCCUUCACCAGUUACAUUUGUGUUAACCCUCUUGAUCAUGCUUUUCAAUGUGCUAGUCUCUCAAGGAAUAGGCCUAGCACUUGGGGCCAUACUCAUGGAUGUGAAGCAGGCCACAACUCUAGCUUCAGUGACCAUGCUGGUGUUUCUGUUAGCUGGUGGUUACUACAUUCAGCAAAUGCCUUCUUUUAUAGCUUGGUUGAAGUACAUUUCUUUCAGUCACUACUGUUAUAAGCUUCUGGUAGGAGUCCAGUAUUCAGCAAACGAUGUCUACGAGUGUGGACCAGGGUUGCAUUGUAGGAUAAGGGAUUUUCCUGCCAUAAAGUGUCUGGGGAGGCUUGAUAAUAUGUGGGGAGAUGUGGCUGCAUUGACUGUAAUGUUUAUUGGAUACAGAAUUGUUGCAUAUCUAGCUUUGAGGAUGGGGCAUCCUCAUUGACUAAGGUUAAGUGAUUAUUAGAUUCAAAUUGUAAGGAGAGUAUCUUAAAUCCUGGUGAUUAAUUGGCAAUGAAUGAAACAAACAAAAUUUGUAGAAAUAUAGUCCAAAUUUUUUACGGAGAAAAACCAGCUGUACCAGUUACACUUUAUCUA